AUGGCCGAUAGUACUCACUAUCUGGACCACCCUGUCGGAGAUCUCUACCUCAACUCCCUCUUAUCGAAAGAACCCGCCGCCACCGACACCGUACUACUCAACACGCUCCUGAGCCGAUUCGUCACGAAAGACUCCUCUCCAAACCCGUCAUCAAUCCCGAACUCACGGGCCAAUCUGCUAGGGAUGUUCUCCCAGAAUCACCAGCAGGGCCACAACUCCCGCAUCAAUGGGGGCCCCGGCGGCCGGGGGAUCCCGAUGCUGUACAACUACCAACAGCAACAGCAACAACACCACCAGACUCACCUUCAGCACCACCAAGCUGCCCAGGCCGAACAUGCUGCACACAAUGGCAAUGGCGGCGUCAUGGGCCACCACUCCGCCUUCUCCUCCGGUGUAAUGGGGAAUUCUAGUCCAUACAGCGCCAACGGCCUGCAGAACGGUCAAGGAGGCGCGACGCGGGGCGGCCAGGCACAGCAGAUCACCGAACACUGGGCCGAGCAGCUGCGGCUCUACGAGGAGUCCAAGCAAGCCCACCGUGCUAUGACCGAGCAAAAUCAGCCCCACUACUACGCCAGACUCAAGGCCUCGGAGAACCGUGGCAUCGCGGGACCUCCUCCCAGCUCGGGCAAGAACGGCGAUGAUGAUGCGGACGACAGGAGACGACCAUACAGCGUGGAGAAGAACGCCAAAGAACGGCAAAACUGGCACAACAUGGACCUAAGCGGCCAGGGUCUCCGGAACCUCGCUCCGGCUCUCUUCCGCUACCAGUUCCUCCACGACCUCUUCAUUGCCUCCAAUAGGCUACAAACCCUACCUCCGGCCAUUGGUCAGUUGCGCCAGCUGCGUUACCUCAACGUGUCAUUCAACCAGAUCAAGGAACUUCCCGCCGAACUUGGCAUGUGCACCUAUCUCAAUCAGCUACUCCUCUUCGAUAACCAGAUCCAUACCCUUCCCUUCGAACUGGGCUCUCUACACCUGUUGGACGUUCUAGGCAUCGAGGGCAACCCUCUUGACCCGGACAUGAAGCAAGAAAUCAUGGAGAAGGGCACAAAGAGCUUGAUCAACCUCCUCAAGGAGCAAGCUCCAGUGCCGCUGCCACCCUCCCCCCGAAAGUAUAUCACUGUUCAAGAAGAUGUUUCUCCUGCGCUGGAAAAAGUCAAAGUUUUCUCUUGGAACGUCCUGUGCGACAAGUAUGCGACGCCCCAAACGUACGGAUACACGCCGACGGGUGCUUUGAACUGGGAAUACCGAAAGGCUUGCAUAUUUGACGAGUUGCGCGAGAAGGACGCCGAUCUCCUGUGCUUGCAAGAGAUCUCGACUGAGGCCUUCAAGGAAGAGUUCAGCCCGGAGUUGGCUCAAAUGGAUUACAAGGGCGUGCACUGGCCGAAGACGCGAGCGAAGACGAUGGCCGAAAAGGAUGCUCAGGGAGUGGAUGGUUGCGCGACGUUCUACAAGGCCAGCAAGUGGAUUCUGCUCGAUAAGCAGGUCAUAGAAUUCGCCGCCAUCGCCAUCAACCGUCCGGACAUGAAGAACCAGCACGAUGUCUUCAACCGCGUCAUGCCGAAGGACAACAUCGCUGUCGUUGUGUUCCUCGAGAGUCGAGUCACAGGCUCGCGCAUCAUUCUGGUCAACGGACAUCUGGCGUGGGAGUCGGUCUUGGCAGAUGUCAAGCUUAUCCAGACCGGUAUCCUGAUGGAACAGAUUACGAAGCUCGCCGAGAAGUACGUUCGCUGGCCGGCACUCAAGGACAAGAAGCCAAUUACCUUCUCUGCUACUGGCAAGGACGGGGAGGAGCCGCCCCCACCGGCCAAGGAGCCGGGUCCCAGCCAAGAAUACCGAAACAACACGGAUAUUCCCCUGCUGGUGUGUGGAGAUUUCAACUCGACGGAAGACAGCUCUGUCUAUGAGCUGUUAUCCAUGGGUCGUGUCCCGCCCAAUCACCAAGAGCUGUCCAGCUUCCAGUACGGCAGCUUCACUCGAGACGGCAUCGAACACCCUUUCAGCUUGCGGGACGCCUACGCACACAUCAAGAACACCCCCGACGAGAUGCCUUUCACCAACUACACUCCCGGGUUCUCCGACGUCAUCGAUUACUUGUGGUACUCGACCAACACCCUCGAAGUGGUGGACAUCCUGGGCCCGCCUGAUGCCGAAUACCUCAAGCGAGUGCCAGCGUUCCCCAACUAUCACUUCCCCGCCGACCAUAUCCAGAUCAUGGCCGAGUUCGUUAUCAAGGCUAGAAAGGAUAAGAAACCACCCCACCCGGAACCGGAUUUUGGAUCAGGAAGCAAGGGGCAAGGGCGAUAG